UAAAAGCACAGAAACACACACAUCCCCUUUGAAACCCAGAUCCGAUGGUUGUGUGUUAUAAAGCAGCUCGGCGCACAGAGAGCUACCACACAGAGACACACAGUCCCCGCAGUGAUCUGAGCCCCGUGUGUGUGUGUGUGAGUGGGGAUCGACAUAUAGUCAAUGCAUCGAUCGUGUGACAGAUGGGCCAUUGUGUGGGAGCUACGACUCGACACUAAACAUGACCUCCAGCGUCACACGUAGAGAGCGGAGCGUGCGGGUGGGAGUUGUCUGCUGGAAACGCAUUGUUGUGUUGGGGGAUGAACCGUCCGUAGAGCCGCUGCUGCUGCUGCUGCUAUCCGGUCGACCGCGGCUAGCGAGUGGCUCCAGCCCCUGAAUGGUCCGCGAAGCAGCCCGCCGUGCAGUCCCUCUCAGCGGGAACCCACAGGCACCCCAAAGGCCCGGUUCUCUCUUCGCUAGCAGCGGUGAAGUCCCCCAGCUCCACCCGUUGGAUGAGAACACUGUGUGCGGGUACAGAGCCACUUAGCAGGCCCGCUCCCCUCUGCUUUGUACGGCUGCUGGCUAGCUCCCCUCCUCCUCGGCUAGCAAAACUGUUCGUGCACCCGAGCAACACGGAGCGUCAGGAUGAAGAAGAAAGCUCGGCAGCACCGGGUCGCGGUGCCGCAGAGGCCAUCGUCUCCCAUCAUGCCUUCCCCCAACAAGCAGAUCCUGACUUACGCCCAGGCGCAACGCAUAGUGGAGUUUGACAUUGAUGGCCGCCUCCAUCGCCUCAGCGUCUAUGACCGGCUGGACGUGAUCUCGGAUGAGGACCCCAUGGCGCAGGAAAUGAUGGAGUGCACCAGUAAUAAAGAGAAUGCUGAGAAACCACAGCAAGUCCUCCUGAGGUCAGUUAGAUUAAAAAACAACCAGGAGAAGAGAAACGCUGCACUGGGCAUCACUAGUCAUGGAGAAGGGGCUGGGCCACAGGCCAGCGCUAAUGUCGGCCCAAAGCUUCCAGAGCCGAAGUUCCGUGCAGUGGAAUAUAACCUCCCAGCUGUUCCUAAGCGUCCAGCCACGUUUUAUAAAUACAUAGAGAAAACCGAGGAAGAGUUAGAUGAGGAAACAGAGUAUGACAUGGAUGAGGAGGAUUACGCGUGGCUAGAGUUGGUGAAUGAAAAACGGCGAAGCGAAGGAGCCAGCCAGGUCUCCCACAAUGUCUUUGAGUUCCUUGUUGACCGCUUUGAGAAAGAGCUGCACCUGGAGAGCCUGGAUCAAGGCUGUGAAAAGCAAGCCGCCAUCGACGAGGACGCAGUCUGCUGCAUCUGCAUGGACGGCGAGUGUCACAACAGCAACGCUAUCUUAUUUUGUGAUAUGUGCAACGUCGCUGUGCACCAGGAAUGUUACGGCGUGCCCUACAUUCCCGAGGGCCAGUGGCUGUGCAGACACUGCCUCCAGUCACCCACUCGGGCGGCAGACUGCAUCCUUUGCCCCAACCAGGGUGGAGCGGUGAAAAAGACGGACGACGACCGCUGGGGCCACGUGGUGUGCGCCCUCUGGGUCCCGGAGGUCGGCUUCUCCAACACCACCUUCAUCGAGCCCAUCGACGGUGUCAGCCACAUUCCUCCGGCCCGCUGGAAGCUCACCUGCUACCUCUGCAAGGAGAGAGGGGUCGGGGCGUGCAUCCAGUGCCACAAAGCCAACUGUUACACUGCCUUCCAUGUCAGCUGUGCCCAAAAGGCAGGCCUCUUCAUGAAGAUGGAACCCAUCAAAGAGGUGACAGACACAGGGGAGCCUACGUUCUCUGUGAAGAAAACAGCCUACUGCGGAGCUCACACACCUAGUGGGUGUGUGAGGAGGCCGCUUACAAUCUAUGAUGAUGCCAAACCCAAAAAUGGACUAUGUAGGAAAAUGGACAAAGGGAGAGCCUCUGGUAAAGGUCAUUCAAAAGGAAAGAAAAAGAGUAAGAGUAAAAAGCCUGAGCCUGAAGUUGAAAGUGAAGCUGCAACGCCUGCUACUGUGCCUACUUUUCCUGCUCACAGGUUACAAACAAUUCUCAACCAGGUGUCAGUCCAGAAGAAGAAAGCUUUUGUGGAGCUGGUCCUAAAUUACUGGACACUGAAGAGGCAAUCUAGGAACGGGCUUCCUCUCCUGAGACGCCUUCAGACAAGCCUGCAGUCCAAGAAGAAUGCACAACCGGUUUGUUCAUCUAAGCAGAAUGAGGAGGAGAGCAGAACAUUAAAAGACCAGUUAAAGGAAUGGCACCGACUCAGACACGACCUGGAGAGGGCCCGGCUGCUGCUGGAGUUAAUCCGCAAGCGGGAGAAGCUCAAGAGGGAAGAGAUGAAGCUGCAGGAGACUCUCCUGGAGAUGCAGCUCACUCCCUUCAGUAUUUUGCUCAGAGCUCUGUUGGACCAGCUUCAAGCUAAAGACCAGGCCAAGAUCUUCAUCCAGCCAGUUGAUCUUUCUGAGGUGCCCGACUACCUCGACCACAUCAAGCACCCAAUGGACUUCUCCACCAUGCGGCAGCGCAUUGACGCCCAGGCCUACAACAACUUUCAGCAGUUUGAAAGCGACUUCAAUCUCAUAGUGGAAAAUUGCAUGAAGUAUAACUCAAAGGACACCUAUUUCCAUCGGGCCGCUGUUCGUCUCAGAGAUCUGGGCGGGGCCCUGCUCAGAAAGGCGCGUCGUGAUGUGGAGAAAAUCGGCUUUGACACGGAGAGCGGCAUGCAUCUAGCAGAGGCUCCGGAAAUUAAAACAUCAACAUCCUUUUCCUGGGAGGACGUGGACCGCCUACUUGUACCAGCCAAUCGGGAGCAUCUGCCUCUGGACAAGCAGCUGCAGCAGCUACUGGAGAAGUUUGACCUGACCUGUGGCAUGAAGUCCAGCCCCUCCCGCAGCAAGCGAGUCAAGCUCCUCAAGAAGACCAUCAACGACGUGCGCAACGAAAUGAGCCUAAAAAGAGUCGUACCCUCCCACCGCCACCACUGCUCCUCCUCAACGACUCCCUCCACAUCAUCCUCAUCGGCUCCCUCCCACCCAGAGAGGGGGAGACCUAAAGAGGAGAGACCAAAGUCCAAUAGACAUUUUCCAGACGAUGACCGUGACAAGUGUCUUCCUCCCAAACUGGAGCCUUCAGACUCCAUACCCCCCCAUAUCCACUCAGACACAGACCCCGAGCCCCCCACCCUCAGACCAAUCGACGACGGCCCAGAUUGCGAUGACAAGGCUCUCUCCAAGCGAGUCAAGUUUGACGCACAGAUCCCGGACCUACUCUCCUCCACGCCACGCCUCAACGGCCACUCGCGCGAUGGCCUCCAAAACUCUUUGCUGGACGGAGACGUGAGCGUGGUGGCCACGUCGACUCUCGCCGAGCCCACAAGGACAGUGAGCCGCCGGACAGCCGUGCUCUUCCGCAAGUCGAAGGCCGCCAGUUCCCACAAGCCCCAGCGGAGCAGAGACGAGGGGGGUGGCCGCGUCAACAGAAAAGAUGUCCAGAGGGGGGAGGAGGAAGACGAAGAUGGCGCGCAGCUGGGUUCCCAAUCCUUCCUGUCAGUGGUCAUACCCAGGCUGGAGACGCUGCUGCACGGCAAGAAGAGGAAGAGAAGCGGCAGCGGAGACAGCGAGGAAGAGGAGGAGGAGGGGGGAGAAGAGGGGGAGCAUGAAGAGGACGGGGAGUCUCCCAUGAAACGGCUCGACACUGGUCUGUCGAGUGGUUUCCUGGAGGUGGAAGAGGAGAAGGAGCUGGACGAACCCAGUCGAACCAGCAGACCUGUGGAGCCACGAAGACGCUGUGCCUCCGAGUCCUCCCUCUCCUCGUGUAGCAGCUUGCCAGGAAGCACCAGCACCAUUCUCAGUCUUCCAAAAUGUGGGAAGGGAAAACCUGCCUUGGUCCGGAGAAACACUGUGGACGAUAAGAGCGAAUUAAUCGCCUGCAUCGAAACCGGGAACUUUGCAAAGGCAGCACGAAUCGCUGCUGAGGUUGGCAACAGCAAUAUCUGGAUGCCCGCUAGUGCUGCAACCGUUACAUUGGAACCCUUAAAGCUAGUUUGGGCCAAGUGUAGUGGAUACCCUUCCUACCCAGCCUUGAUCAUCGACCCCCACAUGCCGCGAGUGGGCUGCCAGCACAACGGGGUGUCCAUCCCCAUGCCCCCCAUGGACGUGCUCCGCGUCGGCGAGCAGAUGCAGUACAAAGCCGAAGAGAAACUCUACCUCGUCCUCUUCUUCGACAACAAGCGCAGCUGGCAGUGGCUUCCCAGAUCCAAGAUGGUUCCUCUGGGGAUGGACAAGACCAUCGACAAGAUCAAAAUGAUGGAGGGACGCACGUCCAGCAUCCGCAAGGCGGUCCAGAUCGCCUACAGCCGCGCCAUGAACCACCUGAGCAUCGUGCAGGACGAGCCAGUCAGCGACCUCAGCGACGUGGACUGAUGACGCUAGCUUGGCCUGCCUCACACACACACACACACACACACACACAUGCAAACUUGUACCUCUCCUCUACCAAAUACCCUCCCCUCCACCCCACUCUCUCUCUCUCUCUCUCUCUCUCUCUCUGUCUCUGCAGGAGACUCAAAUGUUUACUGGGCACCUGCUUUAACAGGUGGGGUCUGCUCCUCCAUUCCUACUCGUACACACUCCCCCUACCAUGUGCCGAUGGGAUACGGCUGCUGCUGAAAUGAAUGUGUCUGUCUGUCCUCUCCACCUCCAGGCUUGUAACUGCGCUCAGAGACUGCUCCCCCCCCCCCCCCUUUUUUUCUUAUUUUGUCACUCCCACCGUCACUCCACCAAUCAUGUCACUGUCAUUUUCAUUUAUCGCUUCGGGGCAUAAAAACACCGUAGUGAUUGAUUCCGUACAUUUCUGAUGUGUCCAGGGUAUCAUGACUUGCUAGUGAGACAAACCGUUAACCACCGGUUGUGGUAUUUUUGGCUCCUGCUGAUUCAUUUCUCAACUUGGGCUACAUCCACACUCCUACGCUGUUGUUUGAAAACGCCUUCUCUGCCACGGAUAGGCCUGGGGUCGCUGUUGAAACCCAUUACUGUUUCCUGACAGGUGGAAACACAGAUGUUUGGAAACGAUGGUGUAAACACUCAGCCGGUCACUGAUUGCGUCUUUUCAAUCAGGAUUUAGCCUUCGCUGAUUCGUCGGGCUCCUUUCACGUGACCCCCCCCCUUCCUGCAUAAAACAAUCCGCCUCAGCAUCGGCUACCAGUCCGGAACGCAAGAUGGAUAAUCACUGACAAGCAUUGCUGACCCUGUAGUCUUUGCCAACAGCUGUUUUAUAUGGAAGGUAUACACCCGCUUACAUGUGGAGGAGACAAACGCUUCACAGACGGGAAUUAAAACUGAUACGGAGCCAACACGCACGUGGACAGAGAUCGUUUGAGUUCGGAAACGCUGCUUUCAAAGGAAAGCGUGGCAGAGUGGUUGUAGCCUCGGUCCGUUAUUUCAUUGUUUUCGUUACGAGUUUCAUUAAAAAAACGAAGCAUCUAGUAGCUGAUAAAGCAGCUAAAGUGGAUUCAAAUCAAAUCAUGGUCAUUUCCUGCCUUCACGAAGGCUCUGCAGUUGUGUUAAAUCAUCUGUGUCCAAAGCUUCUGUUUAUGUUUAACAUUUACGUACUGACGUCAUCUCCAUUUACAGAAUCUCUUCCUUUUGUAUUUAAACUGUAAAUAACAUGUACAGUUGCCUGAUACUAACUUAUUUUGUAGUUUUGACAGAAAUGGGUACUGCACAGGAGUUUUUCUUAGUAUUUAUACUUGAUUCAUUCUCGGUGACGAGGGCUGUUUUUGCCAACGCUGUGCGAUCCAGACGAAUAAGAAGCCUUGGUAUUAGGGAGAUUAGGGCUAAAAUGUCAUGCUCCUGAAACGUAUGAAAGAAAUCCCUUCAUUUUUUUAACUUAUUGAAGUUUAUAAGCAUAAGCUUCCAUUUGGCAUUAAUCCUCUUUUUGUAUAAAAAAAAUAGUUUUAGUACAUUUUUGUUCAUAUAUAUAUAUUUAUAUCAUUUUUGAAUACAUGGUAAAAAACAGUAUGUGAAGCUCAUACAGGCAGUCUGAUGUGGACACAGAACGUAUAAUGUUCUCAAGAAACCAAAAAUGUUGCUACCCAGAUGUUUUUGUUUUGCCAAUUCUUUUUCCUGUGUGACGUGUGAAGUUGUUGCCAAAAAAAAGUGUAUUUUUUACGUGCUGAUACAUUUGACUGUUACUUGGUUUUUGCUGUAUACGUAGGGGAGAUGCUGCCUGCGUUAACUUAUUGUAAAGUACUUGCAUUACUUUAUAUUCCGAGGAGAGACGUGAAGACUUGAUUGUGGUAAAGUGGCACAUUUUAUGGUGGCUACUUGCCUUCUUUUUAAGUAACCCCCUGUUUUUUCUAACCUUUUUUUUGUAGUUGUAGACUGAAAGACUUUUUUCAUUUUAUACUAUUGCCUAUUUCUUUAUCUGGGUAGCAUUUGGGUAGUUUUGGUAUAUUUCAUUUUGUACUCAAACUAGUCGUUUUUUUCAGGUCAUACUGAAAUAUCGCUGGGACUGUUUUUUUUGUAGCAAAGCAAAAAAUAAACAUUCAAAUAAGAACAUGUA